CCCCCCCCUUCCUCUCCUUUUGCAGCAUUGCCCUGCCCCGAGCACAGCCACUACGAACCCUGCGGCAGCGCCUGCCCCGCUACCUGCACCAACCCCGACGCCCCCAAAUCUUGCACCCAACCCUGCGUGGAAAGCUGUGCUUGCGACCCAGGCUACGUCCUCAGCGGAGCUCAGUGCGUUCCGACCUCCAGCUGUGGUUGCACCCACGACGGUCUCUACCACGCUCCGGGCGAGGAGUUUUGGGCAGAUGAGAUGUGCCACUCGCGCUGCCGAUGCGACGCCACGUUGGGGAUGGUGGUUUGCAACGAGAGCAGCUGCAGAGCGGGCGAGCAGUGCCAGGUGGUGAAGGGCGUGAGGCAAUGCGUGGCCGUAGAGCGGUUCGUCUGCGUGGCCACUGGGGAUCCCCACUACACCACCUUCGACAGCCGGCGGUACGACUUCAUGGGGACGUGCGUUUAUCAGUUUGCUGCCCUCUGCUCGCCCGACCCCACGCUCGUCCCCUUCAGUGUCACCGUGGAGAACAACCAUCGGGGCAGCCAAGUGGUGUCCUACACCAAAGAGGUCACCUUGAAGGUCUACAACGUCACCCUCAGCCUCAGCCAGGCGGAGCCCAAGAAACUGAAGGUGAACGGCAUCCUGGUGGAUCUCCCCUUCCGCCACAGCCACCAACUUUACGCCUACGCCAGCGGCGACCACGCCUUCCUCCAGACUGACUUCGGCCUCGCCGUCACCUUCGACUGGCACAGCUACGCCCGCGUCUUCCUCCCCAGCACCUACGCCCGCUCCGUCUGCGGUCUGUGCGGCAACGCCGACGGCGACCCGGCCAAUGACUUCUCGUUGCCCAACGGCCAAUUAGCCACGGAUGAAAACACCUUUGGAAACUCCUGGAAAGUGGCCGACGUCCCCGGUUGCAACGCGGCAUGCAGCGGGAACUGCAGGGUUUGCAGCGAAGCGGAGAAGCGCAUCUACCGCGGCGACAAGCACUGCGGGCUGCUGGUGAAGCAGAAGGGGCCCUUUGCAAACUGCCACGGCGUCAUCGACCCCGCGCCGUACUUUGAGGACUGCCUCUUCGAUGUCUGCCUCUAUAAGGGUCACCAGGAGGUGGUGUGCAGGGCUGUCAGCGCUUACGUCACCGCCUGUCAGAGCCAGAGGGUCAGCAUCGAGCCCUGGCGCACCACGGCCUUCUGCAGCCCCGUGUGCCCUCUCAACCAGCACUACGAGCUCUGCGGCCGCGCCUGCUCCUCCAGCUGCUCCAACCAGGAGCAAGACGACGGCUGCGACCCUUCCUCCCCGUGCACAGAAGGCUGUUUUUGCAACUCCGGCUUCUUGCAAAGCGGCGAAAGCUGCGUCCCGGCUCCUCAAUGCGGCUGUUUGCGCGACGGUCGUUAUUUGCAACGGGGUGAGGAGUUUUAUCCCUGCGAACGUUGCAGCGAGCGCUGCGUUUGCAAAGGGAACGGCGAGGUGCAAUGCGAGCCGGCCAGCUGCGGUGCAAACGAAGCGUGCAUGGUGCAGGAUGGAGUGAGGGGUUGUUACCCCGAUGGCUGCGGGCGUUGCGAGGUGUUGGGUGCCACCACUUUCCGGACUUUCGAUGGAGCGCUGUUGUAUUUUGCUGGGACUUGUACCUACACGUUGGCUGCAGCUGGAGAGGAGGAAGGGUUGCAGCCGUUCCUGGUGAGGGUGCAGAAGGAGAUGAGCGGAGCAGAGCCCCUGGUGAGGCAGCUGCUGGUCACGGUGCACGGCGUCACCAUCAGGUUGCAGCGGGGCGUGCAAGGGGAGGUGAAGGUGGAUGGAGAGCGUCACCUCCUCCCUGUUUCCAUCGACUCGGAUGCGGUGACGGUGACACAGGAGGGCAUCCACCGAGUGCUGAGGACCCGGGAUGGUCUGAAGCUGCUCUACGAUGGUGCCACCUACGUCCUGGUGUCGUUGUCCAGCAACUACCAGGGUCACACCGGUGGUCUCUGCGGUGAUUUCGAUGGGGACGUCGCCAACGAUGUGACAGAGCCGCAGCAGCUCGGGGAUAAAUGGGGGAUCCCCACCCAAGGGUGCAACCACGGGUCGCCUUGGUCACCCUGUCCCCAAGUGGUGAAGAGCGGUUGCGAGGUCCUGGAGGAUGCAAAGGGGCCGUUUGGGGGGUGUCACGGGGUGGUGACACCCAGGGAUUACAUGGAGAGCUGCGUGAUGGAGACGUGCGGGAAAGACG